AUGAGCAGUGGCCACCUGGAGAUUCUCUCCCAGCUCCGAGUCCGUGCAUUGAACCGAGCCGAUUCUCAGGAAGAAAUCAUGCACGAGGCAGUUAUACUGAUGGGAGUCAGUUCCGGCCUGAGUAGAAUUUAUGCCGAGUUAUCCCAGUGGUCCUCGGCAAUUGGGAGAAUGCUAGGCGUACUUGAGCAGCGGAUGCGUGUGAUGGCAGAUAACAUGUCUACACUGCACAAAGAAGAACGUUCUGACAUUUGGGUCGAGGAGUGGGUCUUCGAACAUAUGGGCUGA